AGGGACCCCGGGUGAGGUAGUCUACUAGACAGAGGCAUUCAUUGCUAUGUGGUGGCCUGUAGGGUGUGGGAUUCUUUCUAGAGUACUUAAGCUGAUGUUUCCUUUGUAAUGGAUGCGCAUAUUUCGAAAUGCAUGUACAGGUGUGACUUGUACUCAUCCCUAAGACCUACUGUACAGGUGUUAUGGCUUUUUGAAUGAGGGAGCAGGGGCUGGAAAGAGCUUGCUUUGGGGGUGCAGGUGUGCAACUCCAUUGUCCAGUGCUUAUGAGUUUCGGGGUGCCUGUUUAUUGCAGCUCAUCCUGGAGUUGUUUCGGACACAGGACCCCCCAGACCCCACCGUUAUCCUGCCCCACCUAGACAGGAUCGAACCACCCCUGUGUAAUAGGAGGGAUAAAAAGGUGGAGUUUUCGGCCUCUACCUUUCGACAGUUAGUGAGAGCUCUUCUGGACAGGCCUGCUGAAAGAGAGCAAUUCUUCCAGGAGGUGUUUGUGGUUCAGUAUGGCCCCCAGUUUGAUUCUGCAUUAGAGAAGCUGCUUUGGGAAUUCCUGUCCCGUUUGGACCAGCUGCUGCCUGUGCCUGACCUGGCUCAGACGGUGUCUUGGCUCAGCACUGCCCCCUGUGUGCUGGAGGACUGUGAGCAGCCAGUCUCUCAGCCUGUGCUCCUGAACACUCUGUUACAGCACCUCAAACGCCUGGGACAUCUGAGCACUGCCGCAUCUCUCCCGUCCUCCAUGGGGGACUCCAUCCUCUCCUCUCUGUCCCUACCUCCCUCUGGCCGAGUGAGGAGCACCAGUCAGGAAAUGAACUCCCUUAGCCAAUCAGGCGUCGGGCCUGACUCUCUGAGCCCCGCCGCUCUGACACAUCCUGCCAAUCGCAGGCAAGGAAGUGGUUCCCCCAUCCAGCCCAUGAAUAGUCAGGACCUUCCUUUCACGCCCCCCAAGGGUAGGAGGGUGGAGACUGCACAGGCCACGCCCAUUAUGAGCAAGGAGGUGGAGUCUGGAGUGGGGAGUCCCCACUCCCUUUACACGGGAGUGAAGUUACGAUCACAGGCAAGUUUGGACAGGGGCGGGGAGAGGCAGGAGGGGGCGGAGAGGAAAGAAGGGAGGGGCGGAGCCUGUAAUGAACAGGAAGCCUGUUUCAAACAAAGGAGACUGGAGGAAGAGCAAAGGACAGGUGGAGGUGGAGAGAACAGGGCGGAGCUGAGAAAGAGUGAGCAUCUAAGGCAGGAGAGGAGGAGCCAGAGGGAGGACAGGAGUGGUGCCCCCCCAUCCCCCCCACAGGAAGAGGCGGAGCUUUCUCCUCUGGUCAUAUCCUGUCUGCAGAGACAACCCCGAGUCCGGCUGGAACGACUGCGCCUUGCGGACAUCGCUCCGCCUGCUCUGUCGUCCCCUCGUCUCCCUGGCAGCGGAGUGCGGUCGCCACGGAGACCGGCGCCAGGGGCAGCGGUGGCUGCGUCGCCCAGGAGGGGAUGGUGUCCGGGGACCCGGAAGAGGAAGUUGAGCAGCACUGUGACCCCUGAGAAAUGCCUGCCGAACUCAUCAGAGAAAGAAAACUCCGCUGACUCUUCAUUAAUGUGGGGGACGUCCCCUGUCCUCUCCCUCAGGACCAAGAGUGGAGGCAGGGACUCCCUCCGUCCUGAUUGUGAUGAUGACAUCAUCAUAGAUUCCGAAGAUGAUGAAAUAAAUAAUGUUAAAGGGAGGCUGUUUGUGAAGCAGUACUACAGGACCAAGAACAACACCUUUGUUCCCACACUUCGAGAGUUCUGGGGCCACAGUUUGGCCUGACCGGCUGUGUGUGUGUGUGUGUGUGUGUGUGUGCGCGUGCAUGCACAUGUGCAGGUUUCUCUGUGAAUAUCAGUGUUUCUUUUAAGACUAAUCUAGGUAAUGUUUUUAUAAUGUAUUUAUAUGUUGUAUAUUUUGACCAUGUGGGACAGAUUGCAAGUUAAUGGAUGACUUACAGGGUACAAUAAAUUAUACCUGUUAACUCAUUAUGUAAAUGGAACAUGACUAAAACUACCUGAACUAUUAGCUCUUCACCAGUUCGUUAUAAUAAAUAUUUUUGAAGAACAGA